UCUCUUUUCACUAAUCAAAUGAAUUAAGUUGUUUAAUUACGAAGGUCUUGAAUUGGUUUCUUUCAGUUGAUAAAUGGCAAACUCUGGUUCAUCAGAUCUCCGCAGAGAAAGUGGAGGGGAAAAGUGUGAGUUGGAAGCUUACAAUACUAUUCUUAAUGAAUUAGUUUUUGAAACUAAUGACGGAUUCGCUUGUGGGGAAUCACAGAAAGGACUCAGUUGGCCUAAUCAAGAAACGGAGAGACCGAGUAGUCGAAUUGUGCAAAAUUCGUUCGAUUACAGACCAGGAUUGGCACCAACUCAAGCUGGGACAAGCAGCUCCCAGCGCAAACGCAAUGGCACUCACCAAAGGAAUACCAGAAAGACUCCAGCAUCCACUGAAAGAAGGAAAGAGAAUGACAAAAGAUAUAGAGACAAAUGCCGGGAAUCCAGAAGGAAAAUGGAGUGCGAGUUGCAUGAGCUUGGUCGAGAAAAUGUGCAUCUGCAUGAUGAGAACAAAAACUUAGUGAUGGAAAAAGAAUCCAUAAACAAGAGUCUGCAAUCAGCAGAAACUGAAACAAAGCAGCUUAAGAUCGAAAUUCGAAAUCUCAAGAGUAACAUGGCCAACCGACAAAUUCGUGCCGAUUAUUUUUUAAAGAAACUGGAUUUAUCGACUAGCAGCCACGAUAUUAAUCAUCGGCUUGAGAUUAAAAAGCUUCAGAAUGAGAUAAUGGUGUCAAGACAGGAUAAUUGGGAGGAUGGGUUUAUGAACAAGCUACAACUUGUACAAGAAAUUGGGAAUUUGGAGCAUGAGAAUAAGCUACUCAAACUACAAGUUGAUGCACUAUGUGAGAAAAUCAACAAUGAGAAUAGCCAUGGAGAAACAAAAGCAAUGGAAUGGUAACUUUGGUAAUGGCUAAUUAAGCAUCAGACUAGUAGGUGGGUGGUGUGGCAGUGGCACCAGCAGUGAUUCCUUCCCCUAUGUAUUAGAGAAGUUGUUAUAUAUGUAAUGUAUUCAACUUGAAAAUUUAAAUCUUUUUACAUGUAGUAAAGUGAUAACCGAUUUAAAAA